CGCGUGUCUGGGCUUGAACCGAACCUAUUCCUGCGCCUGUCACGGUCCCCUUCCGGGCGUCCAUACAGUGAGACACAGUAUGCACGCGAGCCAUAUCGCAACCUAUCGACCACCAUAUAAGGCGCCUUGCGAACGGUGGGACCGCACGCCGAACGACAUCUACUUCCUCUUUUACAACCCUCAACAUGGCUGAAGAUUCCCCUCGCAAGCUUGUCAUCGCCGUCAUAGGUGCAGGCAUCGGCGGGCUCUCAGUCGUCCGCGCCAUAGAGCGCUUCUGCGAUAUGUCCAAGCUUGAUGUCCACCUCUACGAGGCCGCUGCGCAGAUUUCGGAGAUUGGCGCUGGCCUCAGCAUCUGGCAGAGGGUGUAUGACAUCCUCACGGACCUCGGCUUAGAGUCAGAUAUGCGAGAGUGUUUGGAUAACGCUGAGACCGACUCCUUCACUUUCCGUAAAAGUGACCAGCCGGAAGGAGUCACGUUCAAAGAGGUGUACUCAGAGGACGGCGGGAAAUCUUUCCUUCUGCAUCGCGCCAAAAUCCAGGGGAUGCUGUUGGAGCACAUCUCGUCGCAGGUCAAGAUACAUCUUUCGCAUCGUCUGGACGGCUACGAGUACACUGAAGCUCCUACGGAGAAGAUUAAAUUGCGCUUCCGCGGCGGUCAGGAGGCCCGUUGCGAUCUGCUUAUCGCCGCGGAUGGCGUUCACUCGGUCGUCCGCCGUCAGUUUGUCGCUCGUCUAGCGGACAAGCUCGACAAGCCGGAGCUAAAGCAGGCGAUGGAGCCGGAAUAUAAUGGCAGCAGGAUAUAUCGCGGUCUCGUUCCACAGGAGAAGCUAGCGACAGUUUGGCUCGAUCAUCCGGCGUUGAGGAAGCCUAACAUCUACUGUGGCAAGGACAAGUACAUUGUCACGUACCCAAUAGUCAAGGGGGAGAUCGUCAACGUGGCUCUCUUCUACACCGACAAGACCGGGGUCGAAACCGCUUACGCCGAUCCCGAUAUUGGAGAUGCGACUAUGGAAGAAAUGAACAAGAUGUACGAAGGUUGGGAGCCGCAGGUUCAGGCGUUGAUCAAGUGCAUGCCAGACCCGUCGCGCCAUUGGGUGCUCCUGACGCAGAAACCUCUCGAGACGUGGGCCGACGAGGGCGUGAUGCUGCUGGGCGAUGCGGCGCACGCGAUGGUUCCCAACCUCGGCACCGGCGCUAGUCAAGCCAUCGAGGACGGCUACGUCCUCGCCCAGAUUCUCGGCCGCGCGCAAGAGAAGGGCCCGCUCGAGAUGCUCUCCCAGGACACGAUGGCGAUGUACAACCGCCUCCGCCCGCCCAUCGCCAAUUUCGUGCAGGCGCGCGCGAAGCUGCAGUCCCAGCUCGUCACGUUCGAUGAAGAGGGCGCGGAUCUCUCGCUCGUCGAAGACGGAUCGCCGAUGCACACUGACACGGACCGGUUGGCGAAGCUGGGAAACGGGAUAUGGGACGGACUGCACUGGUACAGGCAUAGUAUUGUGCGCGAGACGGACGCGGCGGUGGCGAAAGCCCUGGCGGCUUACUAAGGGCAGAUAGAGCCUCUUGUGUACUCGCUUAUUGGAUCAGCUUCCCUAUAACUUUUCCGGCGCCGUCGUCUCAGAGCGCGAGUACGUCUCGAGAGCAUGCAUACUGAUUUCGAUGUCGAUG